AUGUUGGCCACCUUGCGAGCUCUGCUGAAGUUCCUACUGGCUGAACCCAAGGGAAGCCAAAGGGCCCAGGAAGCCAUUGAGUUUAUCCAAACAGGCUGCUGCUGGUCAAUUUCAGGUCCCUCGACUCCAGCGCAGCCCGACCAGCUCAACACCAGCCGUGCAGAGAGCGAGCCCUCGGAGCCAGGGGAGAGACUCGGGGUGCGCCUGGUGAACGGAAGCAGCCGCUGUGGCGGGACUGUGGAGGUCUGGCUCCGGACAGCCUGGGAGCCAGUGUGCGGGGCGCUGUGGGACAACCGCGCCGCGGAGGCCGUGUGCCACGCCCUGGGCUGCGGCGGGGCACAGAUGUCCACCCAGGCCGCCCCGACGCCCGGGGAACCACCUCCCGGGGCCGCCGCCGGGAACGCCAGCGAGGCCUGGAACGCCACCCAGGCCUUCGCACCCGCCAUCCUGUGCCACCAAGCCGACUGGCAGUUCUGCGAGGUGCAGGGCGACGCGUGUAGCAGCGAUGAGAGAGUGGCCCAGGUCACCUGUGCAGAGGACCGUGCACUGCGGCUGAGGGACGGUGGCGGCAGAUGCGCGGGCCGCGUGGAGAUGCUGGAGCGCGGAGAGUGGGGCUCGGUGUGCGACGACACGUGGGACCUAGAGGACGCCCACGUGGUGUGCCGGCAACUGGGCUGCGGCUGGGCGGUCCAGGCCCUUCCUGGCUUGCACUUCGACCCCGGCCAAGGGCCCAUCCACCGGGACCAGGUGAACUGCUCCGGGUCGGAAGCCUACCUGUGGGACUGUCCUGGGCUGCCUGGAGACCGCUACUGUGGCCACAAAGAGGACGCAGGCGUGGUGUGCUCAGAGCACCAGUCUUGGCGUCUGACAGGGGGCACGGACCCCUGUGAGGGGCAGGUGGAGGUCUACUACCGUGGGGUCUGGAACACGGUGUGUGACAGUGAGUGGUACUCACCAGAGGCCAUGGUCCUCUGCCGGGCCUUGGGCUGUGGGAUCCUGGACAGAGUGCCCAAAGGGCUGCCCCACUCCUUGCCGGGCAGGAUGUACUACUCCUGCACAGGAGAGGAGCCCACCCUCUCCGACUGCUCCUGGCGGUUCAACAACUCCAAUCUCUGUAGCCAGUCGCUGGCGGCCAGGGUCCUCUGCUCAGGUUUCCGCAAUCUGUCCUCUCCUGAAGUCUCCUCUAGUCUUCAGCCGGUCACUGCAGAACCUUCUGUGACAGUGAGAACGGAGGACAAGGAAUCUCAGGAGCUAAUCCUCCUCAUCUUCUGCAUCAUCCUGGGAAUCCUCCUCCUGGCCUCCUUCAUUUUCAUAGUCUUCAUCCUCUUGAAAAUGAAAGGAAAAUACGCCCUCCCUGUCACGGUGAACCACCAGCACCUAUCCGCCACCACCCCAGCAGGGAUUAAUAGCUAUCAAGAUGUCCCCAUCACCAUCCCCAAAGAAGUUCCCAAGCUGCCCAUCCAGGUCCGGGCACCACCCGCUCAGGACUCGGACUCCAGCUCCGACUCGGACUAUGAGCACUAUGACUUCAGCGCCCAGCCUCCCGUGGCCCUGACCACCUUCUACAAUUCCCAACGGCACCGAGUUACUGAUGAGGAGAUCCAGCGGAGCAGGUUCCAGAUGCCCCCCUUGGAGGAAGGACUUGAAGGGAUCCAUGCCUCGCGGUCCUACCUGCAAAGCCCUGGAUAUUGUGUUGCAGACCCCGCCUCCCCGGGUCCUCAGCAGCAGCCAGUGCAUGACAGUAGCUCCAGCACGUCCUCUGGGGAGGAUUACUGCAACAGCCCCAGGAGCAAGCCGCCUCCGUGGAACCCCCAAGGCUUUCCUUCAGAGGAGAGCCCCCUCCUGCAGCAGCCCCCCAACUUGGAGCUGGCUGGCUCCCAGCCCAUUCUUUCGGCAGGGACCUCGGCUGGUGACAGCUCCAGCACCUCGUCCGGUGGAGAGUGGUACCAGAACUUCCAGCCGCCACCGCAGCCCCUCUCAGUGGAGCAGUCUGGGUGUCCAGGGUCCCCCAGUCCCCAGCCUGACUCCACAGACGAUGACUAUGAUGACAUCGGAGCAGCCUAG